AUGAAACUUUUUAAGGGGAUUAUUGCUGCCAUAAUUACUGUGACGUUGAGUUCACAAACUCUCUGCGCCCCACCACAGUCAGCACCAAGGACAAUUCAAAUCCUCGUCACUUAUGUGAUUCCUUCCAAAACUGCCAAUGCCACAUAUGAGGUAUGAAUGGUGUGAGGUUUGUAGCUGAUCAGAAGUAAUAUUCUCUAAAGAAAGGUUAUUUAGCCUUUCUCUCUUUCAAUACAUGCUACUCGAAAACUACAUCAAACUCUCGCGUACGUUCCUUUUCUAUUGGUACAUACCAAAAGACUAUGAUCACAUGUAUUUCUCGAACAGGAAAUCUAACACAUGAAUCACAAACUUCCAGCGAUUUUAUUUGUACUGUCCACUGACAGUGAUGCAUAAAAACGUUGAACAGAUAAUUGUUGAUUAUUUAUUACCAACAAAAGAUAACUGUCAAUUGUCUUUUUUCUGGUUUCUUACUGGCCUGAAUUUCAGCCGUCUCUGCUUCGAGUCGCAAUCUCCCGAGAAAGACGUCUAAAUCAAACAAGCAGCUCAUAUCGUCCAGUGAAGUCACUAGCCGAAAACUGGAAACCAAGAGUAAAACAAUUAUUUACCGUGCAGACCUUUCCGGACGAUAUUUCUUUGUUUGCCAGUUGUAAAUAGCGUUGUUCUUCCUGCAUGAAUUAAUUACGCAAAGGAGUAGUGACGUCACUGGACGGCAUUACCGGCUCAAUGAUUCAGACGUGUCACUCGUGGAGUUUGCAACUCGAGGAGACGGUUGAAAUUCAUUCUAGUAUCUCGUAAGCUAUUAUAGAAAAGUGAAAAUGUUCACCUCCUUUUUUCCCUAUCUAUCUAUCUAUCUAUCUAUCUAUCUAUCUAUCUAAUCUCACUGUUUAUCUAAAUAUCGACUUAUUUAUUUAUUUAUUUAUUUAUUGCAGAUGAAAAACCUGUACCACUUCAUCAACUCAACAAGUUUACCACCCUUCAGCCGCUUUCCGCCACAAAUCAACACACAAUCUUGCUCCUUAAACCAGGUAUCCGUUUGAAAACCUUCAUCUAAAGCUAACACUGACUUUACUCUCAUGAUUAAGUCACAAGCUAUGACUAAAUUCAUUAGAUUUUUUUUCUAUUUAAGGACAUUGAUUGAACGAAAAGAAGGAAGUUGACAAUAGGUGCAAAUUCGUGCAACCAAGUUACUUAAAAAAAAAAACAGAAGAAAUUUGAAAAAAUAACAUUAAAUUUACAAAAAGCAAAUGAACUAAAUAUAUCUUGCUCCAACCGGUUUGUUUCUCUGCUGUAUAUCCAAUAAAUGUUGACAGCUCUAGAGUGGCUGUUAGCAAUGUAUUUGAAUAUCUUUUUUUUCUCUCAAGCAAUUAAAGGACAAUCUAACAAUCGCCUAUGAGAAGAUGAAUGUUUUCAGCAGUCCGCUGUACAUGGCCUUAUCCUAUGAAGAAAAUCAAGGGCCGUUGCAUAAUUCAGUGGCUCAGAUGCUCUGGGACAUAAGCACUGACAUCAAUGCGACAUCUGUAAUGCUUAUGCGCGAGGUAACAAAAUUUUGAUUUGAAUUGAAUUAUAACUUUUUCGAAGGAACCCAAACACGGAAUAUAUUUUUUGCAGGCCAAGAACGUGAUACUACUUUAAAAUGAUUUAUUUUUUAAGUCCAAACGAAACGACACCAGGAAACCCGACAAAGUAUUUCGCAUGUGAUUAAAAAAUUUCACUUUUACAGCCUACAAAAGCUAUCCAUAUUUUCUCUGUGUUUUCACAGUAGAUCGUGAAAACCCUUAAGGCCAUCAUUUAUUCCAAACGAUUAGAUGCAAAACGAAAUAGAUUAAUUACUUAAUUUUAAUUCCCCACAGUUGUUGAAUAGCUGGGUAGCGCUAUCCAUCGGAUAAAUCAGUAUCCAGUCGAUAAGUAUUAGAAAAACUAAUUGCAAUAUCUAUUGGAUAGCACUAUCCACCAUUUGAGCAACUGGGGACAGCGAUUAAGUUCAUUCAAAAUAAGUCUGAUAAGUCUAAACAUCUUUUGCAAAUUUUUCAGAUGCAAAAGAACUCCUUCCCUGUACCAACCACUGCAACUGGAAAUUUUACCGCGCAGAUGAACAACAUCAUUCGAGUGUAUCUCCAAACACUGGUUCAAGGUAACUUGCUGGUAAGAUAAUCACUUCUCGUACCAAAGAAUGGUGUUUUCAGGGAUGAAAUAAAGAACAAAAAUAUAUAAAAGACCAUUACUGAAUCUACCCAAACAAAACUUAGUAUACUGCUGUUAACUCCUUAAUGAGGCACUUUUGGGCAAAAUUUUCCUUUAGUUUAGGCAGGGAAUAAAAAAACUAAUAACUUGAGCUACUGGUAGCUGCACGGUCAUUCCCGAAAAAUGUAAUGGUUAGUUAUCUCAUGGAGGAGCGAUGUGGAAAAAGUGUAACGGUAAUGUUGUUACACCCGUUUUCAAAAGUUACCCUGAAAUGAAAUCCAUUUUCUUCACAGCAAGGUCCUCUUAUAGAUGACAUGGUGACGACUUACCGCAAUUACGUCCUUCUCUACUCGCUAAAAAACGUCGUUAAAGAGGUCGCCACUUGUGUCUUUUAUUUGUAA